AUGGCUAACAAAGAGAAUAAAAACAAGCCAACCCAACAAACUUUUGUUCCCUCCUGUAAAAGAAGACAGGAAAUCAUUGAUGCUAUACAAAAGAUCCGUAAAGAACAAGGAACUUUGAGUGGGAUGAGCAUGGAGCUAAUCUUGGAGAAAGCUGAAGGAUUUUUGAAACCAGGAAAGAAAAAGAUCCCUGGUUUAGUGUAUGAAAAGAAGAAACCCAACACUUUACCACCCAGAAUGCAACAGCAGCAGCUACAACAACAACAGCAACAUAUAUCACAGAAACAACAAGCAACUAAACAACCAGUAAGUUUACUGGAGCUGAAACUUCCUCCGAGGAAAUCUGCCUCUAUAGGUUUUCUUAAAAUGGAUAUACCUCCCAGGAUGAAGUACAACGGUGCUUUGGACACAUGUUUGAAUACAUAUGAGGAAGAUAUGUGUGUUAUUUGUCAUGAUCCACUAUCCUCAGAAGUUGUCAAAGAACUUGAUUGUAAACAUGUGUUUCAUGCACAGUGUAUAGGGCAGUGGGUGGAGAAAGAAAGAACAUGCCCAACAUGUAGACAACAUGCCCUCUUCCCAGAGGAAUUUCCUAGACUAGGAAAAUAGAACCAGCUGUAUAUAACAUCAUAUAUGCUUGAAUGUGAUAGAGGCACUAAAUGUGUUAGAAGAAUGUUUGUUUAGUUGACCAAGAUAAAUAUAGCACUCAAAAUUAUUUUUUUAAAAGGAAGAAAAC